ACCACCCGAAGCGAACGUUUGCUCCACCUCUAGUCUAUGAUACUUUAACGAUACUCUAACAAACUUUCAUUUGUGUCUAGUACGUUUUACUAUCUGGUUGUUGUGUACAAGGCUUUUGUGAAUUAAGUACACUUUAGAAGUUUUUACUGAACGCAGCUUAACAUAAAUUACAAUGUUAUUACUGUUUUUAAGUGCCGUUUUUAUUGCAAAUGGUGGAGGUGCACAAUUAAGUGAAAUUGACAACUGCGACUCGGCCGAAUUGAAAAUAUGCGUUGAUUUAAUACCUCGCACACAUGUCGGACUUCCGAGCACAAAGGAGGAGUUGGACGCACAUUGCCAGGCAUACCAGACCGGCAUGAGCUGCAUGGACGCGUGGAUCAAGAAAUGCCUCCCAACCGACGGCCAAAAGCUGUUACAGCAACAGAUCGGAGGCGCGCGAGCCCUUAUGCGAUUCCUUUGCACUAACGAUACGGCGCUUCGAAGAGAAUUUCUGAAAGAGAUAAAAUGCUGGGGCCGGGUGUCUCCACAAUGGUCUUUGUGUGUUAACGAACUUCAAGAAGCUGUGCGUGAAAUUGGCGACCGGGCGCAACAAUUGACAUACUUCAACAGGAAUGCCGAGCUGUGCUGCGCUCGUGACGCGUUUAUAAUGUGCGUCGCCACCGCUGGACGGUCGUGCUCUAACUCGGCGGGCACGCUGCUCCGGCGCAUGGCGUGGGUUCUCGCCCAGGACGUAGCUGCUUGCAGUCAACAACCACGGGCAUACUGCUCAGCGCCACCACCACCAUUCGCUGCACCACUCCUCACCACUCUCGGCUUCAUAUUAUACCCCCCACGACUGUAAGACAUACUAAUUACUUCUUUCAUAAUUAUAUCAUAGUGUACCUAAGUCCAUGAGGUGAUUGUGGUUUGUUAUAACGAAAAUAGUUACGGAGUAAUAUAUAUUUUAUGCUAAUGUAAUAAAAGAAAUAUAUUAUAGUUUGGAAGAUAUCAAAAUUUAAAGGAAAACCAAGUUGACGUAAAAUUGUGAUUUACAUAGGACUGUUGUACAAUAAUUUUAAAUAUAGUCUACAUUUGCAUUUAUUAUUUCUUUGAGUAUAGAAAGAUGAAGUGGUUAGCACAGCGAACGGUGUAAACCUAUAAGUAAUGUCGAGUGAAUCCCUCUGAACUUACCAUAUGACAUGAAUCAAUCUCGAUGAUCAAGCUUUAAUGAUUUAAAUAUGCUAGUCAAUUUAACAAUUUUUGGUUUCAGAAACAUUUAUUGUUGGUUAACAUUAUAUGACUUGUAAAUAUUAAAUUGUACUAUAAGGUUUAAUAUAUUAAAUCCUUAUAAAGGAUAGCCAAUGCUUAAACAAAAUAUUCUGAAAAAUAUUAUAUUAUAUACAUAUUUUGAAAUAUUUAAAUAACGCGCCAAAAUUUAUACAUUGUUAAUUUAAUAUUCGUAUUAUUUCGAAUUCUUCCUUAUCUAGUCUAUAAUACUAUGCUGAGGCUUUCUUCUGAUAGAUAAGUGAUAAUGUCUAUAUUAUAGUGCAAUAUGUCUUACGAUGGUAUUUAAAGAAUAUUUAGGCCGCAUAAUAUCAAUUCGCACUGCUACGUUGCAGCACGAUUCCGCGUAACUACCAGUGUGGUUAUACAUUUAAGCUUCGAUUUCUAAUACGGUCGAAAAAAUGCGAAAAUUUAAACCUAAUGCUCGAAACUUCUAAAGAUAAGGUUUUUUUUCUAGAGUUGCUCAGUUAUAUAAUUUUACAAGACUCGAACCUGAUAUAGCGCAAAAUUAAUUUAUCAGAUUAAGUGUAUUCCUUUUCAGCCCUUCAGUCGAUAUGUCUUUCUAAGGCUAUACAUGUGGGGCUCUGAAAUAUUACUUAGUGGGCUUUUUAUAAAUCUUUGUAACGAUAUUUUUUGCAUUUUUUUUGACUUCAUGUCGGAAUUUUGGUAAUUUUGACUCAACAUAAUUACUGCGUUCGACAAUAUUGUCAGAGAAUUAUUACUUAUGGUGCCGAUUGAAAUUUCGAGCAAA